AUGGAUAUCAAUGAUAGUGUAGUGAGCGUAAUGGGUACCAUACCAGUGUUGGAAAUUGGGCAGCCAAAAUUAAGACAGGUUCUGAACAUUUUCGUGCUGUAUAAAAUGACGACAGCUGGUGGGUCUAUGUCCAAGCAUAAGUUGGUCUUCUUGGGCGAACAAGCAGUGGGCAAGACCUCCAUAAUUACGCGGUUUAUGUAUGACAAUUACGACUCGAAUUACCAAGCAACUAUCGGCAUUGAUUUCUUGUCCAAGACGCUGUGGUUCGGAGAACGACCAGUACGACUCCAAUUGUGGGAUACCGCCGGUCAAGAGCGGUUCCGGAGUCUCAUUCCCUCUUACAUUCGUGACUCAAGUGCAGCCGUAGUGGUUUUCGAUGUCACUAACCGACAGUCGUUCGACAAUAUUGACCAAUGGAUAAAGGACGUUCGUGCAGAACGAGGCAAGGGGGUGUACAUCGCACUCGUCGGAAACAAGGUAGACUGCGAACCAGAUAAGGAGAGACAAGUUACUACCCAAGAAGCCGAAGAGAAAGCCAAACAAGUAAGAAGGCCUACCCCCACCUCUGUUGCCCACUCUGUUACCCACUCUGUUACCCACUUUGUUACUAUCUAA